AUCACAUCCACUUCGUCUUCUAGUCGCUGCACACAGUACAACCGGUACAACAGUCUCACAUAUACACCCGACAACCGGUCAGAACAAAAAACUUCCAAUAUGAACGCCUUCGUCAAAGUGAGUAUACCGACCUAUACGCCGUAUUUCACCAGACGGUUCUUGUUGUCUAUUUAAAUUUUUUCUUCUCGACUUUACUAUAUUAUAAUGACGAUUUCGUCUUCUCGUAGGUAUUCGUCGUGUUGGCCGUGGCCGUAGCUCUGGCCCAGAGCGAAGAAGCCAAAAAAGACGCCAAAGUCGUGGAGAAACGAUCGCAAGAAAAAGAUCUGACGCCGGCGGCCACGGGACGACGUGAGUAUACGUUUUACUUGACUAAUUACCUUAUACAGACGGUGUUAUACCGGCAAAUUGCCGUAGAUCGAAAAUUCGUUUACGGACAUUUCCGAUAAAGUUUUUUCGCGGGUCUUUAUUAUUUCGUGUGCAACAUACAAUGGUUGUUAUCAUUCCGUAUCGAUCGUGCGCUAUUUCACUACGCCCGAUAGAAAACGCGAUACUUUCAGUCCUACGAUUUUUGUACGGCGAAAAAUUCAACUCCCAAACAUAACAUAUUUCGAAUAAUUCCGAAUCCAACGAUAACUAUACUGUCGUAUAAACACGAUCGUUCGAAAACCAAAUCCAUAAAAAAAAAAAAUAACGAACAUUUUCACGCGUCUUUAUUAAUGAUUUCAAUAUGUUCGCGAUGCACAGGUGGGCACGGUGCAUGAGGUGAAAACGCGAAUGCAUCCGGUGUCCGGGGGAUGCUGGGCGGGGUACAAAACCGUAUACAUAAUAUUAUGAUAAAAUACUAGGACCCGGAGGACGUCGGAUUUCAACGCAAAACGAAUAAUCUAAGACAAUAUUUUCCGAAUAGAUAUACACAAUUCGACAAAUGUAACAAAUACCUACUUCAAAAGUUCAAACUUUAAUACAUUCCCCCGCCCAAUCAUUCGCUGUUUUUCCAAUUGUUGGCAUUUUCGAUCGUUUCGUUAGUUUUACGCGCACAUGUUUUACUCACUGAUCAAAAAAUUUAUAUUUUAAUUAAAAACUAUAUAUUAUUAUCUCGAGAAAUUCUGUUUUUGUGCCAUCCGCACGUUGAGUUUUAUUUCAUUCAUUGAGUUUUAAGUCAUCUUAAUCAUCAACACGGAUUUUCAAUCUUUCUAUUUACGAUUUCGACAUCGUCUUUACCUUAUCAUUAUUAACGUCAUCGGCCCGGUCUCAAACAAAUAACAACUAACUAAAUAAAAGUGAAACUAUUACUUUCGCAUUUUUCGCCGAUUUUUUCCAUUUUUAGAGCAUUUUUGAACCAUUAUGAUAUGCAUUAUUCCGCUAAAAGCCAUUACGAUAGUUUCGGCCAUGGUCGUUCAUUGAGGGGUUGGGCAUGCCCACCCCUCUAACUUUUCCGUACCUACGCACGGCUCGUAAACAGUUUAACAAAAGAGUCAAUCGAAAAAUACGUAUAAAAAAUGACAUAAUACAGUCGCCCGCCGUGGAUUUUCGGACGCCCUCGGUUUUGGAUAGAUUUUCCGCAUUUAACCCCGUGUCCCGAUAACGUUCACUACACAGGAUUUUUUUUUUUUUUUCGCCAUACAUUUACGUCGCUCAAAACCGACGACUCGAGAACUCAAUCGGUGACGUCUCUCUGUGCGUGCGCGUGUGUCUUCGCAUAUAUUAAACACGAAUCGCGUCGUAAUAUACGCGGGAUUUUCCCGACGUAUACCAAUAAAAAAAUUUAAAAAAUCUCUCACGGUAUACAGUAUACUGUAAUAGUAUAAUGUCGUAUUACAAACGCGCGCGCACACACACACACACACUCACACGCGCCAUGUUAUUAUUUACCCGAAAAGUACUCCGGCCAAGGUCCCGACGACGACACGCGCGUACACUGUAAUACCUAACCGUCUCCGGUCAUAUAUUUACAUAAUACGAGUAAACGCGCGUGUUAUUUUUAUUUUUUUUUCCAUGUAAUAUCUACAGAUACAGGUAGGUAUAAUAAAACAAAACAACGGGGAAAAAGAAAAUCGUCGUCGCCGUCGUCGGCGGAUGUUUACCUGUACGCUUACGGAAAUCCAUCACUAUGUCCGUUUCGCGUGUUGUUCACGUGUGAACGUCCGUGAUGCUAACGGAACCGUGUCUUUUUUUUUCUCUUUUUUUUUUCCUUCCGAAAUUCGGAUCGUCUCGACCUUCGCCGCGGUUUCGUGUCCGCACGGUUUUGUAUUACGCGUUUUUUUUUUUUUUUAAAUAAUUUAAUAUCAUAAUUUUUUUUUGAAAAAUAUCAUAAUAAUUCUCGGCGUACAACAGAUAGAUGGUCUGAAAUGAGAACAUUUUUAUUUUUUUCGGUGGUUAUAAUAAUAUAAUAACCUAACACGAGGUUAGACGGGGUGUGUGAUGUCAACCCUCCUUCCCCCCCCUUCACCAAUAUAAUACGCACAGUCCAAAACUUUUAAUUUUUUUUUUAAUUUUAUUGAUUUUGUUCAUUAAAGAAAAAAAUACAACUCAAUAGUACAAAAUAUAAUAUAGUUUAAACACACAUAUUUUUAGUCUAAGGAUCUAGGAGUACACGGUUUGAACCAAUAGUUCAUUGAUUGUAAUAUUAUUUUUUAUUCGUUUCCGCCAAUCGUACAAGACCAAAAACACGGAAUUAAGCCGUAAGAAUCUAUCGCGUGAUCGUAUAGUCGGUGGCGUUCGUUCGACGUUUUAACGACCCGACUAGAAAUUCAAUGAACCGCCAAAACUAAAUUCAAGUCGUCUCUGCUCGUAUUUUAAUACAUUUUUUACGUACAAUUCGUUCGUUUUUCCGUACGCGUUUUCGGAGUCUUCCGUUUGCUGAAAAAUCUUCGCGCGUUUCCCGUGCCCUUUGCAGACUUAGCGGAUUCGAUCACCUCGCCGGCCGCGCGCUAUUCGCGGCCCCUCCGAUUUUUCAUAACACGAAAAUUCGCCGGUUUUUACUAUCACGAUCGACCGAUGUCAUCGCCGGCCUAUCAUAUACUGUUAUUGCAUUACAUUGUUGACCGUAAACGAUUUACGAUUUUCGCGUUUGUCCGAACAGUGUUCUCGGGCGGUUACAACAGCUACCCGACCGGCUACAGCGGCGGUUACAGCACCGGCGGUUACAAUAGCGGUUACAGCAGCUACCCGGCGUACAACGGCUACAGCAGCGGUUACAGCAGCUACCCGUCCAGCUAUUCGUCCGGCUACCCGUCCAGCUACCCGUCGUCCAUCGGUUACAGCGGCGCGGGCUACUCGUCCGGCUACAACAAGUACCCGAGCACCGGUUACGGCUACGGUAACAACCAGUACUACGGCGGAUACGACCAGAGCUACAAAUACCCGUCGGCCUACUCGUACAGCAACAGCUACAACUACCCGGGAUCAUACAGCUCUGGUUACGGCCAAAACAGCUACUACGACAACGACUACUACGGUAACCACGGUUACUCCGGUUACAACAAGGGCUACAGCUCGUACCCGCACUCCACCGGAUACGGUUACAACAAAUACUGAUCGCCCGAUUUUGCCCGAUUGCUUACUCGCACUUACUCGCCCGCCUGCCCACGCGCUGACUGCCCACAACAGUAUUAUUAAGACGACGAUGACGGAAAUUCGCUCAGUUUUUUUUUUUUUUUAUCCUCACGAGUUUUCUUUUCGUUUCGAAAACAAAACUCCGAGUUCAUUUCUUUUUUGAUGACAUGUAAAAAAACCACAAUCUUGUAAUUUUUUUAUACAUAUAUAUAUAUAUACAAUGUAAUACAAAUACCUAUAAAUAAAUAAUAUUAUUUUUUCAUUACAUAUAAUAUAUGAUUAUUUGUAAUAAACAAUAUAACAAUAUAAUAUGGUAUACC